AAAGGAGUAUUGGGGCGAAUCUUCAUCCUCGGCUAUCUUUUCCAUCCUGAUAGGUAUAUGCUUUGCCCCUGCUAUUGUUGGAUUGUCCGGGUUACAAAAGGGUAGGUUCCUCGGCUUUCGCCUCCUCGAUCAACGCAGUCAAGAUUCAGUCAUCAUUUAGCCGAACGCUGAAAACAAAUCCCCCUCAAAAAAUGGCUUCCAGAGACGGCUACACUUGGACCCAGGACCAAGGCCUCAAGGCCGGUGUCCCAUGUAUCGGAGCCAUUCAGCCGCCAACCAAUGUCAACAGCACGACACCUCAGAUUUUCGACGUCGUCGUUGUUGGUGCUGGGUACUGCGGCCUCACAGCAGCCCGUGAUGCUUCUUUGGCUGGAUUAAAGGUUCUUCUCCUGGAAGGCCGCGAUCGCAUCGGCGGACGUUCUUGGUCAUCCAACAUUGGCGGCUACCCAUUUGAGAUGGGUGGCACCUGGGUGUACUGGGGCCAGCCAAACGUCUGGCGCGAGAUCAUGCGCUACCAGAUGCAGGAUGAGCUGGAAAUCUCGUAUGACUUCUCCAGGGGGAUCAAUAAAUUCCUUCUGGCGAGCGCUGAAGGAACACAGACACUCAGCCAUGAUGAGGAGGAUGCCAUUAUGGAAUCUGGACUCCGCAAACUGGUCAACGUCGAUGGCGAGUUCGGCAAAACGGUCAUUCCCUUUCCUCAUAGCGCGGCUUUCACGCCAGAGGCGUUGCAAUACGACAAAGUCUCAGUUGCCGCCCGCCUAGUCGAGAUCAAAGACUCGCUCACGCCGAAUGAGCGUCUCGGCAUCGAGGCAUUCGUCCUUCUUUGCAGCGGAGGCACGCUCGAGACUACCAGCUUCCUCGAGUUCCUGCACUGGUGGGCGCUGUGCGAAUACUCGUACGACGGAUGCAUCCGGUACCUUGUGAAAUACAAGUUCCGUGGCGGCCAGUCCAGCUUCGCCAUCAAGUUCUUUCGCGAGGCUUUGGCCACUGGCAAUUUGACCUACGUCUUCAAUUCUCCAGUCGCAAGGGUAACUGACACCAAAGACGGUAUUUCGGUUACCACCCGGGGCGGUCAGACAUACAGGGCUUCCAAAGCCAUUAGUGCUAUGCCUCUGAACGUGUUGAAUGCUGUGGAGUUCAGCCCGCCCUUGAUACGGGGUAAGAAGACGGCUGCAGAUAUUGGCCAUGUGAACCAAUGCAUCAAAGUCCAUGCCGAAGUCCGCAACACAGAACUGCGCUCAUACACGGGCAUCAGCUACCCCCACAAUGGACUGUAUUACGCGCUUGGUGAUGGAACCACACCGGCGGGGAACACUCAUAUCGUUGGCUUCGGAGGGCAACACAAUCAUUUCCACCCUGAGGAAGACAUUCAGGUGACGAUCAAAGCCCUUCAAGGGCUUGUUCCUAUGGAUAUUCAACGAAUAGUUUUCCACAAUUGGUCGAAGGACGAGUUUGCAAAGGGAGCAUGGUUCUUCUCGGGCCCUGGCUUGCUUUCCAACCAUCUGGGCGAUAUGCGAGCUGGCCAAGGCAAUAUUUUCUUUGCCAGUUCAGACUGGGCUUUGGGGUGGCGAAGUUUUAUCGAUGGCGCGAUUGAGGAGGGGACACGAGCGGCGAUUGCAGUUCGUAAUUCUCUACUGCAGCCCGCUCUGAAGGCAAAAUUGGUGUAGAUGGUAUUUGUAGAUUCGUGUACAUAGGACAGAAAUUUUAUUAAGCCACCAUAUCCUGCU